GUGAACGCCUCUCCUAUGGCUGCUGCGGCCACUCCUCCUGGAACAACAGCACUCUGUUCUCCAACGCCGUUAAAUGACACAAUAACGACUGAAAAGUGAUGUACAACGACUUUAAAGGACUCCAGCUGAUCUGCAGCUUCACGCAGGAGGCGUCUGGUCUGUCCGCUGCGGCGUCCACAAUCCGAAGCGCUGGGACUCGAGAAAUCUGCAGGAAUAAAACGCGCCUCCUUCAAGCAGUUAUGUAGCCUAUUGAUACACGCACGCGAAUCGCCUAACUUCAUAUAUGGAUUAUUCGAGUCCUCAGACCCUUUGAUUGGAUGUUUUUAUUUAUUUAUCUUUAAACAGUGAUCUUACCUUUUAUUUUUGGAAUAAAAGCUAAAAUCAUCGCUGCAACUUAAAAGCCAUUAUGUUUUGUACGUAAGAUCUCCAGGACACACGAUCCUUGCGCACUUUUGACUAAAAGCGUGAGUGAUGUUUCCAGCUGCUUUCACACAUUACUGACCCGUGCAGUAUUUAGGCAUUUAGCGGUAUAAAGGCACUGAGUUGUUGCAUAAAGCAACUAAAGUCUUUGUCCCGGGGCCCUUGGAGAGAUGGAGGGACAAGAUGGCAAAGGGAAUAAUGACAGUAAUCAAAAGGCAGACAAAAGGUUUGCGCUCUGGUACAUGGGCUGGUCGUCUCUGGACAAGCGGACCACGCUGCCCAUGCUGCCCUGGCUGGUGGGGGAGAUCCGGAGGAAAAGUGAAAAGAACGAGUCCGGUCCCGCACAGGCCAGAGAAGUUCAGAUGUAUCUCUCGCCUCCUCUGAUCCGCUGCGUGCCAGCAAACAGCAGCAACCCGUCCGUGUUCAUAUUCGAGCACAAAGCACAGUUUAUCUCCAGGUUUAUCCACAAUAGCCAUGACUUGUCUUAUUUUGCCUACCUUAUCAGAAGUCAACCCGAUAACCCAGAGUCUGAGAUGGCAUGCCAUGUGUUCAAAGCAUGUGAUCCAAACCAGGUGCCUGAGGUUAUUAGCAGCAUUAGACAGGUGUCCAAGGCUGCUCUUAAGGAGGAAAGCAAGCCCAAGCAAGAGAGUGACGAGUCUUUCUACAACUCCCAGAAAUUCGAAGUGCUUUACUGUGGAAAAGUGACAGUCAACCACAAGAAAGCCCCUUCCACUCUGAUUGACGACUGCAUUGACAAAUUCCGCCAACACGAGAUUGAACGUAAGCAUCUGCGGCUCCUCAAUGGCCAGCGCAGCUCCACUGAGGCCCCCGUGGAGUUCAUUGUGGGUGACGACCCUCUAAGCUCCUCCCUUUGUGAAGUCGAUGAACCUGAGCCCAACUUAAAUGAGGAAGAACUGUCUGAGGUGGGCAAUGGGAAUCUGGACAUGACUAGCUCAUCCAGUACGGGCAACCUACUGGGGUCCUUUGAAUGUAUCUUGGAGGACUCAGGUUUUGGGGAGCAGCAGGAGAUUCGUACACGCUGUAAUAGCCUGGCUGGUGGUCUACAGAAAAGGCCCAGAGAGACGGGCAAGGGAUCGACACGUAGGAGACAUGCUAGCGCGCCCAAUAAUGUGCAGCCGUCUGAUGCUGACAAGAAUCGCACAAUGCUAUUCCAGGUUGGACGGUUUGAAGUGAAUCUCAUCAGCCCUGACACUAAAUCUGUGGUUCUGGAGAAGAAUUUUAAGGACAUCUCGUCAUGUUCACAGGGUGUUAAACAGACAGAUCACUUUGGCUUUAUUUGUCGGGAUGUGGUGGAGUCUGGCCCAGCCCAGUAUGUGUGUUACGUGUUCCAGUGCGCUAGUGAGUCUCUGGUGGAUGAAGUAAUGCUCACCUUGAAACAAGCCUUUACCACAGCAGCAGCUCUGCAGAGCUCCAAGAACCAAAUCAAACUGUGCGAAGCUUGUCCAAUGCAUGACUUGCACAAGCUCUGUGAGAGAAUAGAAGGUUUGUAUCCUCCCAGGGCGAAACUAGCCAUUCAGAAGUACCUGUCCCAACUGAGCGACAACGAGCAGGUCAAUAUAUUCGAGCGGGUGCAGAAAAUGAAGCCAGCAUCUGAUCAUGAAGAAAACGAGCUUGUGAUUCUUCACCUCCGACAGCUGUGCGAGACCAAGCAGAAGUCUCAUGUUCAUAUUGGAGAGGUCCCACAGCAGAAUGCUUCUGGCAGCACCGUGACCUCUGAUAACUCCAUUGCGGGCCGCAAUAAACUGGACGUGUUCAAGAACAAAGCCCGGAGUUCUCUGACAAGCUCCCUGGAGAACAUCUUCUCAAGGGGGGCCAACCGUAUGCGAAUGCGUCUCGGCAGCAUGGGAAGUUUUGACCGCCAGGGCGACUCCCCUGGUGACUCCCCACCUGGGACUCCACCCAGCUACAUUGAGGAGGACCCAGAUGCCCCGCAGUUCCGUCGCCGGGCGCACACCUUCAGCCACCCGCCCAUCAAGAAGAAAAUCUCCUUCACUGAGGUUUCCUCCCAGGCUUGUAAAGCUCCGCUGCGCCGACAGCAGUCUUUGGCCCCAGAGCUGCUGCAGAACAGCACCGUUGGUUACACGAGAGCGCGCAGUGUCUCUGAGAGCGAGUCCUACUUCAGUCUCUCAUCCUCCUUCCACACCCCCACUUUCCUGAAAACCUUUUACCAGGGCUCCCUCGGCUCACUGGCCUCCCUGUCGGACAGCGGGAGUCUUAAGAGUGGUAAUGGAGAGGGCAGGAAGAGGUCUCUGUCAGGCUGUAGCACCGAUUCUUUGACCUUGGUGCCUCCACGCAGAGUUUCUUGGCGCCAGAAGAUUUUCCUAAGGGUGGCGUCACCCAUGAACAAACCCUCUGCUUCUAUGCAACACGUGGACCACAUGGAUGGCCGGGAGCUGCUGCCACUUUCUCCUCGGGCUCCUCAGGUCAGCCUCCUGUCCCCAGAGCAGGGCAGUCCAGCUGACUACAGGGCCCUGUGGAAGAAAGCCAUCCACCAACAGAUUUUGCUCAUCCGCAUGGAGAAAGAGAACCAGCGCCUGGAGGAAGCCAGCCGUGAUGAAUUGCACAUUCGUAAAAUGAAGCUGGACUACCAGGAAGUGUGUCAGUGCUCAAAAGAGGUGCAGGCCCUUUGGGACAGGACGUUGAGUAGUCCCUGCCACACUAAAGUACAGUGGGACAAAGAAGAGAUCCACAGUGCUGUAUGCCAAGGUGUCCCCAAAAGUCGGCGAGGUGAAGUGUGGCUCCUGCUCUCUCAGCAGUAUCGUUUGCGUCACCGUCUGCCACAGCGGCAGCAGCCUCCUGAAACCCCUUAUCAGGAUCUUCUCAAACAGCUCACAGCACAGCAACACGCCAUCCUGGUCGACCUCGGCCGGACAUUCCCAACACACCAGUAUUUCAGCACUCAGCUGGGAGCUGGACAGCUAUCUCUGUACAAUCUCCUGAAGGCCUACUCCCUGCUGGACAUGGAGGUGGGCUACUGCCAGGGGAUUAGUUUUGUGGCCGGUUUGCUGCUUCUGCACAUGAGCGAGGAACAGGCUUUCGACACUCUCAAGUUCCUUAUGUACGACCUGAGCAUUCGCCGACAGUACCGUCCCGACAUGAUCUCUCUGCAGAUCCAGAUGUACCAGCUGUCGCGACUGUUGCACGACUAUCACCGUAACCUGUACACUCACCUGGAGGAGCACGAGAUCUGUCCCAGCCUGUACGCCGCACCCUGGUUUCUCACUCUCUUCGCCUCUCAGUUCCCACUCGGUUUUGUUGCCCGUAUAUUUGACCUCCUGUUUGUCCAAGGCACGGAGGUGAUUUUUAAGGUGGCCCUGUGUUUGCUGAGCAGCCACGGGGGAGAGAUACUGGAGUGUGACGGCUUUGAAAGUAUUGUGGACUACCUUAAAUCCACCAUCCCCACCCUCACUCAUAGCCAAAUGGAAGAGACGAUCACUAAGGCAAUCGAGAUGGACAUCUCCAAGCAGCUGCAUGCGUAUGAAGUGGAGUACCACGUCCUGCAGGAUGAGCUGUCUGACGCUCCUCCACCAUCAGAGGACUCCGAUAGACUAGAUAAACUGGAGAAAGCUAAUGCCCAGCUCAAGAAACAGAACAUGGACUUACUAGAGAAACUGCAGGCGGCUCGUUUGAAGAUUCAGACGUUGGACAGCAGCGUAGAGAGCUUCCUUUCACGCGAGAGCAAGAUGAAGCACCUGCUCCGUUCUCUGGAACAAGAGAAAGCUUCCUACCAAAAGACCAUUGAGCGCAUGCGUAGCAGUUUGCCAUCGGAUGCCAUGGCUGAUGUGGAGAUGACCCAACUCAAGUCCAGCACCAAUGGGAAAGCCAAAGAAACUGCCUGCAAAAAGCCUUGAAUCACCAUCCUAAUGACUGAUGCAUCAUAUAGGUACAUCAGUAGGGAGUUAGCCUGCUUCUUCCUCUUUUGUGUUCCCAUCAUGCUUUACCUUUGAUGGCCUAAUUGAGAGACAUGGGAACGUUUGACGCCUUGCAGCCUCAGAGAGAAAACUUGAAAACAAACGAAAGUGUUUUCUUUCCAAAGAGCAGCACAACUAGUGCAUUAAUGUCCACGUGUGACUAUACGCUCACUGUGAAGGUAUUUUUUGACCUGGCACUCCAAACCAGGUGUUUGGAGGAAACCAAAUGUCUACCAGGUCGAACUUUUGCUUAAAGUGCUUCACCUAAAGUGCAGGCAGGAAGUGAAACCAUGUGCUGCUGGGUUUCCUCUGCAACUUACAAACAGUCCUGCUGUCCAGACUUCCCAGUUUGAGCUCAUAGACUUCAAGCGAAUCACUGUCUGAAAACAUGAAGAGUAAUUUGUCUUCAAACCAUCAUCUUCGAUAUUGCACAGUAUUCUGUGUGUGCAUUGAAGAAGUGUGCCUGAAGAACGUUGUGUGGGAUACUAUGCCAUAAAAAUGUGCGUGUGCAAUCUUUGAAAUGCAGUGUGUAAUGGUCGCCUGGGCAUAAAAAAAAUAAAUCCCACAAUCCUUUGGGGAUUUUACCAUUGUUUGGGUUUCUUUUUAAAUGAUCACUUGUUUUUUUGUGUGGCACCAACUGUCCUUGACAUCUGCGCAAAUAUUUUUGUAGUGUAUAAGAGUGCAGGGGUCUUGUCUUGUGUUAAAAUAUUCCUCUGUAGUGGAGAGCGGCUCACAAAAGAUCUGUUAUGAUGAUGAGAAUCUGUCAGAACUUAUAUAGAUAUCAAAUGCUAAAGCGUUGUAUUUCAUUCAAUUUUUUGUCAGACAUUUGUAUUACAGGUUUUAUUUGAUGCUAGUUCAUUUUGGCCUUGGCAUAUAAGCCUAAUAGGACAAAAACGACAGAUGAAACAUUGGUUUAAACCACCUGUUCAGCUUGAUGUUGGCCAAAUAUGAUUGUAGAUAUACCAUAUGAAAAAUGACACUGUAUUGGUCAGUCAUUUAACCACAUGAAUGUGAAGCUAAAGCAGGAAUAUCUACUUGAACACUCAUUCUUGUUUGUCUGUUUUCAUAUGAUCUACGUUUGUCUUGACUACACCGAUCAGAACCUGCCUCGUUUUGACAGUUUAAUGAAUGAAUCACAGUUGUAGUUAGAUGAUAAACUCUAAUGUAAGUGUUGUUGAAUGUAAGCAAGAGCUUCUUUCUGCUAUUCUAUGUUCGAGUGAUGAACAUAAUAUGGCAAAAAGUGACAUUAAGAAGUGUUAGUGCUGGCCUGGUGGGGGUUUCCAGUGCCGUGAAUAUUUGAACUGAUCAGCUUUCUUUUAGAUAUUGACUGUUUUUUGGAAUAAUUUUCUUUUUCAGAAAUACAUCUUUGACAUCGCAAAUUGAAAAUGACUUGCAUAUCUUUGAAAGAGUCAAAACAUAUGCGCACGUUUAAUCAAGGGCCGCAAAUACUGUACAUCACCUGUUCAGAGGAGGUUCAUUCUAGCAAUACACCGAAAGUUUAGCAAUGUGAAGGGUGGGGGACAAAUGAUUCAUCGUCACAUUGCCCAACUUUUCAAUAUUUCGCAAUGCUAUAAUAAAACAGGAUGUCUUCAUACAAAAAAGACAUAAAGCAAAUGGUCUGAUGUGUUUGAUACAUCAGUCAUUCUUUUUCAUACUUUGUUCAGUGUGCCAAAACUCGUAAAUCAUUACAUCACGUUUCCAUUGUCACAUGCCGCUGAAGUUUUGUUGGACUACAUUUAUUUUGGAUGCACUCUUGUUUGCAAUGAAUCUUUGGUCACCAUUGAAAGUGUGUGUGUGCAGUGUGCAAACAAUGUCUUGAUCUUGAGUUGUCAGUCCUCUAUACUCCAUUAAAAUCAACUUUUUAUACCUCAGUUUCCGUUUAUUGUUAUUCUUAGUUGUUCUUGCC